AGAUCCUGUUCAAGUACAAAGCGUGGCAUUGUGGGUGGUGAUGUGAGUAAUAAAAUGUAACUAUCCCAACAACAUCACAGAUAUUGAACUUUGACAGGAAGUGUUUGGGAUGUAAAUAUUUCCAGGUAAAUUUGUUUCUUUGAUUGAUGUUCUGUUUUCAAGGCGAGAAAAGUUAUCCAUUUAUAAGUUAAACAGUAGCAAUAACUAGAGAGUAUUGUAAAGUAUUGACGAGUGUCCGAGAAGAAAGAGAAUAAGCUUUUAACAGUAUAUAUGAAUAUACGUGAUUUAUAGGAACUAUAAGAGAGAAAAGAAGGAUAAAAUAAUAAGACACCUGAUUUCACCUGUGUUUACCUAUAGGAAGGAAUAUGGAGCGAACCUUGGGAUUUUUUAUCCUGUUUUUAGUAUCUGUUUCAUAUGCAGAAAAUUUAUGUUGUUCUUACCCCUGUCAAAAUGGAGGAGUUUGUCUUACAAAGGGAUUCAAAGAUUAUGAGUGUGACUGUACAAGCACUGACUUCUAUGGAAGAAAUUGUGAAACUCCAACUUUCUCAAAAAGAAUCAAGUUAUGGUUGAAGCCUUCACCGCUAACAUUGCAUAACCUAUUGAUAGGGAAUAAUUGGUUGUGGGACAUCAUCAAUAAUAUACCUUUCCUGAGAGGCUUUAUCAUGAAGAAAGUUUAUACCAUGAGAUCAGACAUGAUUGAUAGUCCUCCAACAUAUGAAAGUGAACAUCCAUACAUCACCCUUGAUGCCAAUUACAAUGUUUCCUUUUACACAAGGACCUUGCCACCUGUCCCUGUGGAGUGCCCCACCCCAAUGGGUGUGGCAGGAAAAAAAAUACUUCCAGAUUUAGAUGUGCUGACUAAAAAAUUAUUCAUACGAGAGAAAUUCAAGCCAGAGCCAAUAGGAACAAGUGCUUUGUUUAGCUUCUUUGCUCAACACUUUACACAUCAGUUUUUUAAAACCGACAUCAAGCGUGGACCACAGUAUCAGUGGGGAGGACAUGGGGUUGAUAUGACACAUGUAUAUGGAAAAAACAAGCAUGAUGAAAAUCUACUAAGAUCUUUUAAAGAUGGCAAACUAAAAGUUCAAACAGUAAAUGGUGAAGAUUGGCCACCUUUAAGUAAAGAUGCCCAGGUAGAGAUGCAGUACAUUAUGCCAGUACCAGAGGACAGCAAGUUUGCCCUUGGUCACUCAUUUUUUGGAAACCUCCCUGGACUAUUCAUGUAUGCCUCCAUCUGGAUGAGGGAACAUAAUCGUGUAUGUGAUGUAAUGAAAAAGGAACAUCCAGAAUGGGAUGAUGAAAGACUCUAUCAAACAGGAAAAUUGAUAUUAUUAGGGGAGACAAUCAAGAUAGUGAUUGAAGAUUAUGUACAGCAUUUGAGUAAUUACAACUUUAAACUUCUGUUUGAUCCUUCAUUGUUAUUCGGUGAACCAUUUCAGUACCAGAACCGUAUUGCUUUGGAAUUUAAUCACUUGUAUCAUUGGCAUCCAUUGAUGCCAGAUGAUUUUAAUAUUGGAGGAACAAAUUAUACUAUAAAGGAUUUUUUGGUGAAUUCAAAUCUUGUUAUAAAACAUGGAAUGGCCACUUUUGUAGAUUCAUUAUCAAAACAGAAUGCUGGUGCAUUCACAAUAAAGAAUCAUGGGAAAUACACAGUUAAUGUUGUGAAGGAACUGAUCAAACAUGGCCGUACAUUACGUCUACAGCCUUUAAAUAAUUACAGAAAACGUUUUAAUUUAAAACCAUUUAAAUCAUUUGAAGAGUUAACAGGUAAUAAAUGGUUAGCAAAAGAAUUAGAAAACUUUUAUGGAGAUAUUGAGGCUGUAGAGUUUUAUGUUGGUCUAAUAACUGAAAAACGCCGUCCUAAAGCUGUGUUUGGUGAAGCAAUAGUUGAAAUGGGUGGACCAUAUUCUGUUAAGGGACUAAUGGCUAACCCCAUAUGUAGUCCUAAAUAUUGGAAACCUUCCACUUUUGGAGGGAAUGUAGGAUUUGAAAUAGUUAAUACAGCAACUAUAGAGAAACUUUUUUGUCAAAAUAUAAAAGAAGACUGUCCAGUAGUGUCAUUUAAAGUCCCUGGUUUUGUAGAGGGGCCAGAAAAACCAGUGGAUGAACAUGGAGAAUUAUAAUGCUCAGAUCUUUACUUAAAUUUUGUUGAUGUAUAACUGUGUCAACUUGAAGUAGAUGAACAUAUUACCGUAUUGUGUUUUGUUUGAGAUUUAAACUGAAUUCCAAAUAACUUAACAUAAACAAUAACAUAUCAGAAUUGUGUUGCUCAGACUUUUGUGUAUACUGUGAAAUCAUUCAAUUUUUUUAUCUAAGGAUCUUAAAAAAAGUUAUUGGUCUCUACUUGGGAUUCAAUUUGUACCCAUGGAUUUGCUUUUCAAAACAAAUUGUAAAUGUAUAGAUAUUUGUAUGGUAAAGUCUUGUAUUUUAAAGAUCAGGGUUAAUUACUUAAUAACCUUGUCCCUUUUCAUUUUUCAAUCCAUGAUGUUGUUUAAAAGUUUAUUCUAUAUAUCUGAUUCCUUGACAAUUGAAGUUGGCCAAAUUAAUCCAAGAACUUUAAUUUAUCUCCUACAAAAACUACCACUUGGUAUUUUGAGGAAAAAAUAAAAAAAGUUAAAAAAAUUGCAUAAUAAUUUGUUGAAUUUAGAAAGACAGGUUUUGACAAUGAUGAUGCUAAUUUUGUAUACUUCCAUAGCUUACUUUUUAGGGAAAAUAGUCUCACCCAUAUCUGCCAUUUUGUCAUUUCUGAAAUCCAACAGUUGUCAAGACUUUUUCAUUGUGCCAGUAGAAAUUCAGCUGAUUAUUGCAUCAUAUGUGUUGUUAUUUUUUUGUGUGUGCAUUUUUUUUGCAUUAUUAGUGUAAAGCUAUAGAUUGAGCUUGCCUUUUGUUACUGAUUACUUACUUUACACUGAUUAUAGCCUGUUUGAUUUACAGCAGACUGGGGCAUUCAUGUCAUUCUGGCAAAUCUUGUUUUUGUAUAAACAUUAAUUUUGCAUAUUUUCUAAAACUUUUUUUUUUUCAACAACUUGUCCUUGUACAAAUGAAUAUUUUUUCUUCUUUUUUAUUUGAAUACAUUUUAUAACAAAUUAACAUGUUCAUAAUAUAAAUAUUAUUCAGACACAUUUGAUUUGACUGUUUAAACUUAAACUUAAUAUCAUUUUCCAGUUACAAUGCCAGUUUUUCAAUAAAUAUACUUAUAUUAGAAACACAUGUAAUUUCUCACUGUCUUUGCUCACUGAUUAAGAAGGGCAUUUUACAAUAUAUCUCAUAUUGUCAUAUUUACAUUUAAGGCAAAUAAAUGAUCCAGUAUUGAUAUGAAGUGUAUUCGUAAAAAUGAUUAAAAAGAAAAAGAAACAAGAAAAAUAAACCCAGAAAGAUUCUAGAAUGAUAAAAUAAAAUUAUGUAUUUCUUCUCUAAAAAAAUCUCAAAGCUUCCAAAAACUUGGGGUCAAGUAUUAAUUGCAAAAAAAAGUAUUUGAUCAAUUCUCAAUCAGCCUGAUUCAAGUGAAAUAUACAUGAAAUUAAAAGGAACUCGGUAUAUAAGUAUGUUGUUUAAUUUAAACUUCUUUUUUUAUAUGUUCAGGCAGGAUUUUAGUUUUUAUUUAUUUAUAUGAAUAUUAAACAUCUCUGUUAGGUUGUUUUAGAAUUGUUUAUAAAUACAUUCCUUAAAACAUUAUAAUGAUGUUCAUAUUUUCAUUUCUGUAUGUAUCAGGGUAAUUGAAGACAAUAGUAAAUGGAAUUUUACAUGUUAAUUUAAGUUACAAAAGAUUUUUACAUUUGAAUGGACAUUUCAUAUAAAUGCAUUGAAACUAUGACUUACAAUGGCUCCAUAAACUGACAACCAUUUUGAUGUUAAGCAUGAAAAUUUAGCCUGCUUUUUCAUUUUUGUCUGAAGACUUUUACUUAUAAGCCUGGUUUAUUUUCUAGGGUAUAGAUCUUAUUUGAAUUUUUAAAUAUUAUUUGAUUAUUGCUUAAAGUCACAUUUGUACAGCUGUAUCGCUGAGAGAAAAAAAUGAAGCUCAUCAUGUGCUUGUGAUAAAUCUUUUAACUGUAGAUAAAAUUUUGAAUCAACAUGCAUCCUUUCAUAUUGGCUAUUCCCCCUAUUCCCCCUUAUACAACUGCUUAGCAGAUGACAUGAUUUUUAAUAGCUUGUCAAACUGUGGCAUGAAUAUUUUUUUAUAAUUAGUAAGAGUACAAUGUACCAGAAAGUUCUAUUUCUUGAAAAACCCAUUUUCGUGUUAAGAUUCACUAUCAAAACAGAAGGUUUAUUAAAGAAUCUCUUCAUUAAAGUCACUUAAUGUGUAUUCGCGUACAUAUGCCCUUCAUAGACAGGUUCCACUGUAUGUAAAUCCAGCAUAAUGGUAUAAAACAUGUGGCCUCAAUUUCUGCUGAUCUUAUGAUUUGCGAUUUAAUGUAGUUUAUGAACAAGUAUGAAUUUGUCUUUUUAUGAAUAUAAUAGUGUGUUAUUAAUAUAUGCAUUUAUAGUUAUAUUUUUUGAAUUUUUACAACAUGAAUUGUUCAAUAUGUAUUUAAUUAUAUCUACGCACAAAUUAAAACAUUAUGUAUACAUA